AUGGUCGCCUGUGCGCCUUACGGUGGACCAAUCGCCACCGUCCGCGACCCGAACCACCUUUCCAGGCGCGGCAGCAGUGCAGGCUCGGCAGCGCAGGCUCGGCAGUACAUAUCUGUGUUCUCAGCUGCUGGGCGGCCGAUCUCGCGGUUUUUGUGGGAGCCUCCUGGAGGGAGGCUGAUGGGGUUGGGGUGGAGAGAGGAUGCAGUGGGAGGGCUGGUGCUUGUAACGGUGCUUGAAGAUGGCACUGUUCAUCAGUGUUCCAUGCAUGGGAAAGGCACUCUCCCCCGAAUCCCCCUGCACACGACCAACCUAGAGGGCAUCACGGAGGCUCACAUAUUCGGCAUGCGAGGAGGAGGGGGGCAAGGGGGAGGUGGGGAAAAGGGAGAUACGGGGGGUGAUGGCGCGGAGGGGGAGGCGAGGGAUGGGGGAGGGGGAGAAGAGGGGGGGAGGAGCGGAGGGGGAGGGCGCGUGGCGACAGGGGUGGUGUGCUUGACUGAGAGCUGUCAGCUGCUAGCAAUGGUGGACUUUGAUGAACCAGAGGUCUUUCCCCUGGCGGAUCCCGGCCUCUCAGAGCCGCCCGCCUGCAUGGCUGUGCUGGAGCCCGUGCUGACGUCAGCGGAUGACGUCAGCGCAUCUCAGGUGGCGGUGCUGCUUGGCACGGAGGCGGCUCUGCUGCGGGUGGAUGGGGAGACGGUGCAACGCGUGGGUGCACCAGAGAUGUCCACAGCAGUGCAACACAUGGCAGUGUCAGCUUCUGGGAAGCUUCUGGCGUGCUUCACGGCAGAUGGGCAGCUGCAUGUGCUGCUGACGUCAGACCUCUCCAGGCGGAUCUCCCACUAUGACACUCAGAUCGUGCUACCACCAGACGCCAUGGCAUGGUGUGGGGAGGACGCGGUGCUGCUCUCCUGGCAGCACCCCCCUGCCCUCAUGCUCGUGGGCCCUGGGGAUGCCAUCAAAUAUUCACUAGGAGGGGAAGAGGACGAGGAAGAGGAGGAGGAGGUGGAGGGGGAGGGGCAGGAGGAAGAGGGAGUGGGAGAGGCAGGAGGGGAGUUGAGUAGGGGCCGUGCGUUUGGCUUAGCAGCUCUUCGCAGGUGUGCAGCUCUUCGCAGCGUGCCAGCACCAGCAUCAGCUCUUGACACCACCACCGACACCACCGACAGCUGCCUAAUUCUCAUCCCCGAGUGUGACGGUGUCCGCCUGCUCUCCUCUCUCCACUCUGACUUCAUCUCUCGGGUUCCCGAACCCACCGUAGCCGCCUUUGCCCUCGCCAGCACCGCACCCCCGGCUCUACUCCUAGAGGCGUUUUCGCUGUUCGAGAGGCGGUCGGGGAAGGCGGAUGAGCAUGUGAGGGCGAUGGGGGUGGCGGUGAUGGGAGAGGCGGUGCAUGGGUGCAUGCACGCUGCUGCUCACGAAACCGAUGUGGACGGGCAGAAGAGGCUUCUGUCUGCUGCUGCCUUUGGCAGGGCAUUCUGCAGGAAGUUUCCCCGUGACCGCAUGAUGAGUCUGUGCAAGGAUCUGCGGGUGUUGAAUGCGGUGCGGCGGGCAGAGGAGGACGGGUUGACCAACGGCGUGAGGGCCAUGGAGACAGCUGGCAUGCCGCUCACUUACUCCCAGUACAAGGAGCUCUCUCCAGCGCGCCUUAUCGCCCGCCUGUGCUCCACACACCACCACUUGCUCGCCCUUCGAGUAGCUGCAUUUCUCGGCCUUCGCACGGAGAGUGUGUUGGAGCACUGGGCGAUUUCCAAGAUCCUAUCUGCAUCGCAAAUGCCUGAUGAAGUGCUCUACGACACCAUAAUAAAGCAGAUUGACACGGACAAAAGGGGCAGCCUAGCAGUGUCCUUUGCGGCUGUAGCCACAGUGGCUUUUCACACAGGCAGGCACGAGCUGGCUACACGACUGCUGGAGAGGGAGGUUCACACAGGGAGGCAGGUGCGCCUUCUCUUGGAAAUGGGAGCGUUUGAGGCGGCAUUGUGGAAGGCAGAGGCGGGGCCAGAUGCGGACUUUGUGUUUCAAGUGCUCUUCCAGCUGCUCGAUAAGGCGCCAGAGGAACAGGUGUUUGAGCUGCUCAAGAGCCACCCUACAGCCAGAAGCCUCUUCGUUUCCUACUGCAAAAAAUCAGACAUUCCUCUGCUCAUGCGAUUCUAUGAGCGCUCCUCCAUGCACCAGUGUGUAGCAGAGCAGAUUGUGAAACAGGGAGUGCAGGAGGGGAUGAAUAGGUUGGGGGCAGGGGCAGCAGAGAGGGUGAGGGAGCUCGAGGCAGCAGGGGAGCUCCUCUCACGGACCAGGGACCACGGGUUUCAGGCGAAAGCAGUAGAAGAUUCUGUGAAGCUGCUGCGCUUUCAGCAGCAGUUGGAAGCAGCAGGGAUGCAGCUUGCCCUGCCCACCACCACCGCCACUGCUACCGGUGCAGGGGAGGGUGUGGGGAUUGGGGAGGAGGAGGGCAGGAGGAGGAGUGUGGUGGGGGCGAGUGUGAAUGAGACGAUUGCGGCUUGCCUAGCCGCGGGGAACCACAGAGAAGCUCAGAAACUGAAGAGCGAUUUCAAGGUACCAGAGAGACGCUACUACUGGCUGAGACUAGAGUCCCUGGCGCGCCUGAGGGACUGGGAGGGGCUGGAGAAGCUGUUCAAGGAGCGGCGGCCUCUUGUGGGCCUUCGGGCAUUUGUGGAGGCGUGUGUGGAGCAAGGCGCUGUGGUGGAGGCUGCUAAAUACGUUGGCAGGAUCGGGGAUGCGGGCGAGAGGGAAGAGCAAGGCGCAGUGGUGGAGGCUGCUAAAUACGUUGGGAGGAUUGGCGAUGCGGGGGAAAGGGAAGAGGUAGGCACAGUGGGGCAGCUAUGGGAUGGUGGUACUUUGUGCGUUUGUGGAGGCGUGUGUGGAGCAAGGCGCUGUGGUGGAGGCUGCUAA